AUGCUCUCCAUCCAAUCCGACCCGGUUUAUGCCGAGGCACGCAAGCAAGAGCCGCCCACCGAUCACUUAGAGUCCUUAGCCAGCUUCAGCGAGGAAAUGGCCGAGGCUGGCGUUCUCCUCGUCGCCGAGGGCUUCAAGCCGACCGCCGAUGGCUACCGCAUCAAGUACAGCUCCGCUCCCCCGCACGAGGUGGUCACCGGCCCAUUUGAUGUCGCCAAGGAGAACCAUGUCUGUGGGGUCUGGCUUAUUGAGACGAACACUCCCGAGGAGGCGUUGGCGUGGGCGAAGAAAGUCCCCUUUGUCAAUGAUGGCGAAGUUGUGAUGCGCAGGGUCGGAUACGGCCAUGAGGAGAACAGUACAUUCACUAAAGAACUGAAAAGCCGAACAGAUAAGCUGAGAGCUCAGAUGGAGAAGAAUAGGAAGGCUGUGGGAAUGUGA